CCCCUUUUUAUUAGACCCGACCCGCCAGCACCGACAAAAUGGUCCACUUCGCCACCGCUACAAAAGUCGUUGUCUUCAUCCUCAACAUUGUAAACGUACACUCCGCCGCCGGAAAAAUCUGGGCGCAGUUCUGCGACGACACGGCGUGCACGGAGAACUGCGGCGUAUCGAUCGACGUGACCGACCCGGGUUGCCUGAAGGGAGAAGGCGAACGCCAAUCGCUCAAGUUCCACGGGUCCGACUUUCUCGGCACUUACCUGGUGCACUCGCCGGAUAACAGCUGCGGGUGCCAGCAAGACUGCACGGAAAUCUCCCGCAACGCCCCGCCGUGUAUUGAUAUAUCCGGAAAGGCCUCCUCGAGGUCAUAUCGCUUCCAACGUACUACUUGCAAGGUGGAAGAAGGGGGGGCUGGGGUUGGUAAUAAUUGUAAACCGACGAAUCAUGUCACCUCGGCUUAA